AUGGUGCUAACUAAUCCAUCUAGAUUCUUGGAUAUCUAUAACUUGCUAAAAGAUGAUGCACUAGCACAAGGAUGUGAAACUGUGUUGAUCCUAGUUGCAAGAGAUUGUGAUUCUAUUGCUGCUUGUAGAAUUCUAUCUGAAAUAUUAAAAUCAGAUAAUAUAUCAUUCAAUGUUAAACCAGUUGCAAGUUAUAAUGACCUUGAAAAGGUUAAUGAAAGUUUACUUGCUGGAAAUGAAGAGUUGAGAACGAUUGUAAUGAUUAAUUGUGGAGGUAAUAUUGAUAUUGGAGAAGUAUUUACCAAUUUGAUAGAUGGUCAAUUAGUUUAUAUUAUCGAUAGUCAUAGACCAUAUCAUCCAAAUAAUGUAGAUGAUCAAACUUUUGCAAUCAUUGUUGAUGAUGGUAAUUUUGUUGAUCAAGUUGCAACUGAAGUACAAGAUAUUAGUAUGAAUAAGGAUGAUGAAGAUGAAGAGGAAGAAGAAUCUGAACAGGAUGAAGAAGAGGAGGAAGAUGAAGAAGAUGAAGAGAAAAAUGGAUUCGUAGAUGAUGAAGCUGAAGAAGACGAUGAUGAAGAGGAAGAGGAAGAGGAAGAAGAGGAAGAAAGUGAUGAAGACGAUGAUGCAAUGGUAAUGGAUGAAGAUGCAGAAGAAGAAAUGAAAAAGAAAAAAGAAGCAAAGGAAAAGAGAUUAGAAGAAAAGAAAAAGAGAUUAGAAAAGAGAGAGGAAAAAGAGAGAAAGAAAAAGAAAAAGAAACAAGAUGCCAAAAAGAAAUUAAAAAAGCAAAAGAAAAAUCCAACUCUAUCCAUGUCUAAUCAAUCGUCGUAUGGCAAGAGUGUAUCAUCUUUAAUGUAUGAUCUCAGUUGUGUAUUGAUGAAAGAUAAUUUAGAUGGAUUGCUUUGGUACGCUAUCGUUGGUAUGACCGACCAAUUGGUGCACGAACGUGUCAGCACCAAGGUCUACCAACAAGAGUACGAUCAUCUCAGAUCGCUGGUUCUCAACACUUACCCGGCCGACGACUUGGCCAGCCAAAACGUAUUAAAAGUGUCGGCAGCAUCUGCACGUCUCGAUCAACAGCAAAAAGAAAGAAUUGUUCCAUGCGAAGACUAUCGAUUCAUGUUGUAUCGUCACUGGAAUCUCUAUGAAAGUUUGUACAAUAGUAAAUAUGUUGCAUGCACGCUACAGACUUGGAAGGCAAAGGGACGUCACUUUUUAGAGACCCUAUUUGCUUUGAUUGGAAUCCCACUUGACCAAGCCAAACAAAAAUAUUUAUCAAUGAAUUCCCAAUUCAAGAAUACCCUAAAACAACAACUAGCUUUUCAUGCUCCUCGUUUUGGUUUAAAUGAAAUUUAUUAUAAUUCAUUUUUAAAGAAAUAUGAAUGUAGUAUUGAUAUUUCAGCAUCUGAUACAGUUUAUGCUGUUACAGCAUUGAUGGAAUCUGAUAAUUUGGAAACAGAUGCAAGUGAUGAAGAAAUUUGGGAACAAAACUUUUGGGAUGCUUAUGAUUCUCUUUCAAAUAAAAAUGUAGAAUUAUUAGAAAUUACAAGACAAGUUACAGUUAUGAUUGAAAAAAAGAAUGUAAUUUUACAAGGACCAUAUAGAUAUGCCAUUCUCAAUGACUCUGUCGAAUUAAAGUAUUUUACUCAUCCAAUGGCUCUUACCAAAUUGGGUUUGUUUAUGAUGGAUGCUUUGGUAUCUAUGGGUAAACAAAAGAAACCAUUCCUCAUUGCAGCUUUAAAUGAAAGUAAUAAUAAUUAUUUAAUCGUUGGUAUUUCUGGUUCUCAUAGUUCAGAUAUUCAAAAAAAUUCAUUUGGAUUUUAUUUCAAGGAAGCUGUUAAAUUAACAAAUUGUACCUUUAAGUAUCAAUCAUUUGAUACAUCGGUUGUAGAGAUUGCAAAGAUCGAUAUGCCAAACUUUAUUGAAAAAUUAAAUGAAGGUUUAGCUUUGGAAGAUGAUGGAAAUGAACAAUAG